CGUGGUGGGAGCGGGUUUUCGUCAGCUCUCUGUAAACGACACCAUUUAAAGUUAUUUUACAGACAUAUUAGCCCCAAUUUAAUCGAAUAACCCACUUUUAUUUGUUAUCUCACAGAUCGCAACCAUGGGCCGCCGACCAGCCCGCUGCUACAGAUACUGCAAGAACAAGCCCUACCCGAAGUCCCGCUUCUGUAGGGGUGUACCUGAUCCUAAAAUCAGGAUCUUUGACUUGGGCAGGAAGAAGGCUAAGGUAGAUGAGUUCCCCCUGUGCGGUCACAUGGUCUCUGAUGAGUAUGAGCAGCUGUCUUCUGAAGCUCUGGAGGCUGCCCGUAUCUGUGCUAAUAAGUACAUGGUGAAGACCUGCGGAAAGGAUGGAUUCCACAUCCGCAUGCGUCUGCAUCCCUUCCAUGUCAUCCGUAUCAACAAAAUGUUAUCCUGUGCUGGAGCUGAUAGGCUCCAGACUGGAAUGCGAGGUGCUUUUGGCAAACCUCAGGGCACUGUGGCCCGUGUGCACAUUGGGCAGGUGAUCAUGUCUGUGCGUACCAAGGCCCAGAACAAGGAGCAUGUGGUGGAGGCUCUGCGCAGAGCCAAGUUCAAGUUCCCUGGACGCCAGAAGAUCCACAUCUCAAAGAAGUACGGCUUCACCAAGUUCAACGCCUGUGACUUUGAUGACAUGAUGGCAGAGAAGCGUCUGGUUCCAGAUGGCUGUGGGGUGAAAUACAUGCCCAAUAGAGGUCCUCUGUCCACAUGGAAGGCCCUUCACGCCAACUAGAGCUUGUGUGGUUUGUGACCACAAGACAACCAAUAAAAGUGGAUUUGACUAUAAAAUAGU